AUCACGGCUCGGGGCCGAGGGCAAGGGCGGCGGGCAGGCAGAGCGAGGCUCGUCGCUCGGGAAGCGCACAGGUGCCAGCCGAGGAGGAGGCGGGAGCCGCAGGACGCCCGAGAUGCCCGCCGCCCUGCCCGCCGCCCUGCUCGCUCUCCUGCUCCACGCUCACCUCGGCGGGCUGGCCCCGCUGAACGGGUCAAAGUGGUCCUACAUUGGUCCCGAUGGAGAAAAGGUGUGGCCAAAGAAGUACCCCUUAUGUGGGGGAGUCUUCCAGUCUCCCAUUGACUUUCACAAUGACAUCCUCCAGUAUGACUCCACCCUUUCACCAAUAGAACUGGAAGGCUACAAUGUCUCUUCUGAUGUCAAGUUCUUCUUGACCAAUAAUGGGCACUCAGUAAGAAUGAACCUCUCUUCGGCCAUGUGCAUCCGGAGUCUCUCCUUCCAGUACUCAGCAGCGCAGCUCCACUUACACUGGGGAAAUCGGAACAAGCAGGAAGGGUCCGAACACACGGUCAGCGGGAGGCAUUUUGCUGCUGAACUGCAUAUUGUCCAUUACAACUCUGACCGAUAUCCAGAUCUGAAAUCAGCAGUUGACAAGCCCAGCGGGCUGGCAGUCUUGGCAGUCCUGAUUGAGGAAGGUGAAUUCAACCCAUCCUUUGAAAAGAUCUUCAGCCAUUUCCAACACGUGAAGUACAAAGAUCAGGAUGCCGUUGUUCCAGGUUUCAAUGUCCGAGAUUUGCUCCCAGAUAGACUGAAUGACUACUACCGCUAUGAAGGAUCUUUGACCACACCUCCAUGCUAUCCAAGUGUCCUCUGGACAGUUUUCCGAAAUCCUGUAGAACUUUCAGCAGAACAGUUGCUGGCGCUGGAAACCACCCUCUACUGCACAGAGUCAAACGACCCCGCCCCUCUUGAAAUGGUGGACAACUUCCGGAGAGUUCAGGAAUUUGACGAGAGGAUGGUUUCUGUCUCCUUCCAACAAGAUCCAGCUCCAGGUGAACGCAGCCCAGGUUUUGUCCUCUUUUUGGUGUUAGCCGGCAUCCUUGGCAUCAUCUUUAUCACCAUGGUGGCCUUCUGGCUGAUUCGAAGGAAGAGCCUCCAAAGGGCCAAGGAAGAGAAAGGGGUAAUCUACAAGCCUGCAGUCACCAAGGAGGAAGAGGAGGAGGAGAACAUCUCCAAAGCUUAAACCUCUGUAAUGCUCAACUUUAAAUAUUCUUAACAGCGUUGCUAUCUGUCUUCUGAUGUUUAUCAGCCAAGUUGGGUCUCUGGAUCCCUCCAGUGCAAAGAGGGCUCUGCUCCCUUGUGUACUGGAUUUUAAUGGGCAGAGACAGACGUUAAAAAUAAAUCACAUAACUUCUAGGAGAGGUUCUGGGCUUUGCUUAAUAUUAUAGCAUGUAAAUGUGAUAUUUAUGAAUAAUAAUAAUCUGCCUCAAAAAAAGCUACUGUUUAUCUACUGAAUAGAUGAAUUUCCUUCCUGUUCCCAUAAAAUAAUUACUGCUGAUAUUAGGAAUAGAUCACCAGGAUACCUAAGUAUUCAAGUUAACGUCUUAGAGCAGGGGUCCCCAAAUUUGGCAACUUUAAGAAUUGUGGGCUUCAACAUUCCCCAGCAUGUCUGGCUGAGGAAUUCUGGGAGUUGAAGUCCACAAGUCUUAAAGUUGCCAAGUUUGGAGACCCUUGUCUUAGAGGCAUGUGUAGUUCAGUUCUCUUUGAAGUCCUACUGAUUUUAACAGGAAUUACAUCUGUUUAAUCUCUUCUAUUUAAGUCUAAAAUAAGCUAUAUCAAGCAUGACUUCUAAGAAAUACAUGGGGGCUUAUCCUGUGAUGUCGAAUUGUGGCUCUGUGCUGUACUUGCAUCUCUGGAAUUGAAGACCAUGCAUCUCAGGUUUUAAGAACAGUGCCAGGCUGAAGGCAGCUAGUCCAAGUAGUUAAUGAGCAAAGCGAAGGUCAAAUGAAUACUCUGAUACUAUCUACUCUGAAAUUAGGGGGAACUAAUAUUAUUUGAGGGCUCCAAGCACCUUGUUUCCUUCCUACAGUGACUUAUAGGGAAGUUGCCGGUUUGAAGUCUAUUAUGAUGAAAGUCUCUUAUAGAUAAUGUGCAAUUUUAUGUAUCAUCAUACAAUAAAUAUUUUUAUUAAGA